AUGCCAUUUCGCCAUAGGCUACAUCAUUGUUACCACAAAGGCGUGGUCAAGAAGCUCAAGCGCAGCUCGAAGCCAAGAGCUGGCCUAGGUGACAAAGGCUUGACCCUGGAAGUUCCGCACGAUCCCUGCGGGAUCGAUCCAUUGCUCAUCAGAAAGUAUGAAGCUGCCAUGAAAGCUGCUUCAAGAAAGAAUAUCAUCCCUGGGUGCGCGAGUAUCGUGAUGAGGCAUGGAAAGCUGAUCCAUGCACGGGCAUUUGGCUAUGCAGACCUGGAAUCAAAGAAGCCAUUUAGACUGGACACCAUUUGCCGGACCUUUUGCUUGACAAAGUCCUUUGUCACAGUUGCCUUCAUGAUGUUGGUGGAGCAGGGCAAGGUACGCUUUGAAGACCCGGUGGCCAAGUUUCUGCCAGCAUUUGCCGACAUCCAGGUGGUGGCAGCACGCUCCAGCGAGGAGAAAAAACCAUCCAUGUUGAUCAAGCCAAAAAGGGCGAUGAGAAUGCAGCACUUGUUGACUCACACCUCUGGCCUGUCCUACGGUUGUGGCUUUGGCGAAUCGCCUAGUGAUGCUACAGAAGAGGGCUACGCAAGGCUGGUAAAGGCGGUGGAUGACGGGGCAGUGCGUAAUCUCGAGGAUUUCACCAAUCGAUUGGCCAAAGUGCCGCUUCGAUUCCAUCCAGGGGACGCAUAUGCAUAUGGCUUUUCCACUGACGUGCUUGGUCGCGUCAUUGAAGUUGUUUCCCAACAAACGUUGGAAGAUUUCCUACUAGAACGAUUAUUCAAGCCUCUUGGCAUGCAUGACACGAGCUUUUCCGUUCCAGACGAGAAGCUGCCACGCCUGGCGGCUUGCUAUGGAAAUGCAAGCACCUGGGGAAGGCUCUAUGGCACCAUGCCGGGUCGGGCACCACAAGCUUCCAGGGCUGGCUUGGUACGAUUGGAUGGGGACUCUGUGAAGGAGUCAGCCUGGCGCCGCGGACAAGAAUGUAAGAUUCAGUCCGGGGGUGGCAUCAUGGGUCACAUGCAGGGCGGCUUGGUGAGCACUGUCGCUGACACUUGCCGCUUCGUGCAUAUGCUAUUCCGACGUGGACUCUUGGGGGAUGGCAAAAGGCUGCUGAAAGAGGAUACCAUGCAGGCCUUGGAGAUGCCAAGGAAAGACACCGGUUUGGCCAACGAAGAGCGGCAGUGCCUAUUGGGAGCAUUGGCGGGCUUUAGCGGAAAGGAGUUUGGCUGGGGAGGUGCCGCCUGUACAUAUUGGUCAGUAGACCGAAAGGAAAGCAAUGCAAUUGUAUGGUUUACGCAAGACUUGGACAUGCCAGAGUGGGAAGACCAAGACGAAGUUGACAAGGAAGAGGCUGAUAUUUGGACAGUUCUGAAAAAUGGAGCCCUUCGUCGAAGGUCCCGCAAAGCUGGUGGGUCCAGCAGACCUGGAUGUGUUUCGUCCACAAGUUCCUUUUGCUGUGCCUCCAUGUGCUCCCUGCUCUACAGUGCUCGAUGCCAAAAGGGAAGAGGUUGA